AUGUGUUCCAUCUCACUUUUGUUAGUCGCCGUAACUAUUGUCGUAUCCGGAGGACGUUUUCCAGAUCCACCCGUGUUUGCUGCUCCACAGCAUUACCCAAGCAUUUGCUACCUCCCACCGGACUCAGGGCUGUGUUCGCAGAAUCCUGCCUCUACAGAGGAGUCCUCAGAUCUGUUGACGAGGUACUACUUCGAUGUUGCCACUGAUCAAUGCUAUCCGUUCGGUGUCCAGAACUGCGGUGGCAAUGAGAAUCGUUUCAAGUCAAGAGCCGACUGCCAGAAUUUCUGCCGACUAGACAACAAGUAG